AAUUUGCUCUGAACUUUAACUAAAACAAGUCCAGCUAGUCUGUCAGCAUUGACAAAGGUUCACACCACCAACACUGAGAUCACAAAACAUUUCGUAGUUAGAGAGGUGAGGUUGCAGGAACCGAAUCUAGAAUAUAAUCUCUUUAUUCUAGGGUAGUAAGGUUGCAGGAACAGAAUCUAGAAUCAAAUGACAGCAAAACCAACAAGCCAAGCUUCACUCUCCGAGGAGGACCUGCUUUGUCCUGUGUGUUGUGAGGUAUUCAGCCUUCCCGUCCUGCUGAAAUGUGGCCAUAACUCCUGUAAGGAGUGUUUACAAAAAUUGUGGGAAUGGAAGGGAGGCAGACAAUGCCCCGUGUGUCGGACCACGUCGAGCUCAGAGAGGCCUCCUAUCAACCUGGCGCUAAAGAUAGCAGCCGACAUGUUUACAGAGCAGAGGACGACCAGGGGAGAGGAGAGCACAGAGGAGGAGCGGUGCCUUCUUCACAAUGAGAAGCUGAAGCUAUUCUGUCACAACGACGAGGAGCCAAUUUGUGUCGUCUGUCAGCUUUCUAACCAACACAUAGUACAUGUGUGCUGCCCUGUAGAGGAGGCUGCUCUGGAGAAAAAGAUAGAGGUCUCAGCCAAGCUUGAUUCAUUGCAGAAACACCUGAAAAUACUCAACAAGACUAAAGAGGAUUGGGAAGAAACCAAAAAUUACUUAAAGAGCCAGGCGGACCAGACGGAGCGACAGAUGAAGGAGGAGUUUGAGAGGUUCCACCAGCUCCUGAGGGAGGAGGAGAAGAACAGAGUGGCCAAGUUGAGACAGGAAGAGGAGAACAAAACUCAGGUGAUGUGUAUGAAGUUGGAGUACAUCAAGGAGAGGAUCGCUGCCCUCACAGACACCAUCAGCGAAGUAGAGACGUCUAUACGAGCGGAUGAUGUGAAGUUUUUACAGGACUACAAGAAGACAAAGAGCAGGACCAAAGGUCCCCUGGGAGAUCCAGAGUGUAUCAGAGGAAUCCUCAUAGACGCUGCCAAACAUCUGCAAUCACUCAAGUUUGGAAUCUGGAAAAAGAUGGCAGACAUUGUCCAAUGGGUCCCCAUAACCCUGGACCCCAACACAGCCCAGUCCAACCUCAGCUUCUCUAAGGAGUUCAGCAGCGUGAGGUACAGCAGAAAGAAGCUCCUGCCAGACAACCCCGAGCGCCUCACUAGCCGCAUCUCUGUCCUGGGAGCUACAGGAUUCACCUCCGGAAGACACAGCUGGACCGUAGAGGUGGGCCAGAGCAGAGACUGGUACAUCGGAGUCGCCCGAGAGUCCAUCAAACGCAAGUCCACCAUCUUCCUCAACCCUGCUGAGGGAUUCUGGGUAAUCGGGUUGUGUAACGGGGAGACGUACUGGGCCCAGACGUCCCCGCGGACGCGCCUGGAGGUGAAGAGAGAGAGGAAGCCGUGGAGAAUCACUAUAGAGCUGGACUACGACCGAGGGAAGGUGCUGUUUCUGAACACAGUAGACUCAACGCUGAUACACGUGUUCAAAGAGAAGUUCACUGAGAGGAUCUUUCCUUAUUUUGCUCCUGGGAUGUAUGAUGAGGGAAACACCUCCAGUCCCCUGACCAUCUGUCCCCUGACUAUAUCUAUAGAGGUACUGAACCAGAUUAUACUACCAUAACACCUCCCGUAACCCUGACCAUCUGUCCCCUGACUAUAUCUAUAGAGGUACUGGACCAGAUUAUAAUACCAUAACACCUCCAGUCCCCUGACCAUCUGUCCCCUGACCAUCUGUCCCCUGACUAUAUCUAUAGAGGUACUGGACCAGAUUAUAAUACCAUAACACCUCCCGUCCCCUCAACAUCUGUCCCCUGACCAUCUGUCCCCUGACCAUCUGUCCCCUGACCAUCUGUCCCCUGACUAUAUCUAUAGAGGUACUGAACCAGAUUAUAAUACCAUAACACCUCCCGUCCCCUGACCAUCUGUCCCCUGACCAUCUGUCCUCUGACUAGCCAUUUGUAAUCACCAUCACUCUUCAGUACUCAAGUGUGCAAAAGAUGAAUAGUCGACCAUAUUAUAAUUAUAGCCAUUGAUAAAGGUCAGAGGUCAGAAAAUGUUUAGUAGCAAACCAGCUAGUGGAUCUUGUGUAUUUGUGACCAUGCGUGUUUAUAAUAAACUUUGUGUAUUUAUAGAAGGUACCCGUAUAUGCUGUAUUUAUAGAAGAUACCCGUAUAUGCUGUACUAAUAGAAGGUACCCGUAUAUGCUGUAUUUAUAGAAGAUACCCGUAUAUGCUGUAUUUAUAGAAGGUACCCGUAUAUGCUGUACUUAUAGAAGAUACCCGUAUAUGAUGUACUAAUAGAAGAUACCCGUAUAUGCUGUACUUAUAGAAGAUACCCAUAUAUGAUGUACUAAUAGAAGAUACCCGUAUAUGAUGUACUAAUAGAAGAUACCCGUAUAUGAUGUAUUUAUAGAAGAUACCCGUAUAUGAUGUACUAAUAGAAGAUACCCGUAUAUGAUGUACUAAUAGAAGGUACCCGUAUAUGCUGUACUAAUAGAAGAUACCGACAGACAGGUUGAAAUAAUUUAGCAGUAAUCGAUUUAAUAAAACUAUCUAUUGGAUUUAAAAAGGUCAAAAAUC